GAAAUCAUUAUUUUAAUGUACUGUCAAUAGCCCCUACACAGACUGGCUGAAGAGACAUCAAGGCGAGUCUUUACAACUAGAGGGUAGGUGGGUGGGCAAUCUUUCCAUUAAGAUUGAGUAUAGGUGAACAUACUCUCCUUACCAGCAAUGGGUUUAAAUAGUUUUUAAAGAUAUUUCAAUUUAAAGCCGCGGUUCUCAAGCUUUGGGUCGCGACCACUUUGGGGGUCGAACGACCCUUACACUGGGUACGCCUAAGACCAUCAGAAAACACACAUUUAUGAAGUAUCAACGAAAAUAAUUUUUUGUACCGGGCAGUGGCGUAGCUAAGGUUGGUAUCACCCCGUGCGGUAAAUUCAUGGUGUCACCCCACUCUCCCACGAUGGAUUUCUUCUAGUUAAAAUGAGUCCACAGUAUAAAAAUGACAAGAAUAAAAACAAAUUAAUUAAAGGUCAGCAGGUAAACGAAUUCAAGAACUGUAACAACGUUGAGUUAUAGUUAUUUUUACAUUAAAUUUAAUUUAAUACAAAAUUUCACUUCCUCAUCAUUAAAGCUGCAAACCUGCCAAUCAUUUGAUCAAAAUCAAUUUACUUCACCGUAUCACUUUCAAUUGAUUGUAGAGCUCUUCAGAAAGCCUUGUCGUUUCCAUGUUGGAUUGUUAAUAGUUCUUGAUAAGCCUUAGUUUUGAAAAGCUCCACUCACAUGAAGCCACAGACACACAGAUUGUAAGAAAAAAAUUGAAGGCUUAGCGAGAGUAUUGGAAGAGAUGCAAGGAAGUCCCAUUCCGCUAAGAAUUUCAAAGUAUCAAAUACUGACUAGUCCAUAACUUUGUGAAAUUCAACAUGAGCUGCCUGUAGGUGUCUUCUAAGCUUAGGUAUUUCUUUUAACAGUUCAUCUUCUGAUACCGCAUCAUAGAAGGUGGUUUAUUUAGGAACGGACACCAAUAACUCUUCUUCACUUGCUGAUAUUUGACUCUUGGGUUGAACAGCCCCAAACAUAUCUUCUACCUCCUUUAUUGCUGACGAUUUGAUCUGGGGUUUAGAAAGAAAGCGAUAAAUUCACUCAACAAUCUCCCUACUGUUUUCUUCUCAACGAUAGAGUCCAGCAACUGUUAUAUAUUCUCGUGUCAUUCUCUACUACAAGCGUAAUCGCCUAUCUACUGAAAUGUCAUGUUGGUCUAAUUUUUUAGUGUCUUUUCAAUAGCAUGUUCGACCAAGUGACAGCGCUUCUCGUGCAGAAACUAUCUUAAGGCCUCUAGGUUGGUCACCACUUUGUCAAGAGUAAAGCCUUUGGUCUGCAGAUACUUCUGUGUAAGAUUAACUUCCUCAAGUAGAUCAGCCCAAAGGUAAAGGUAGCAGAUAAACCGUGAAAUAACACACAGCAUGUAGAAGACCUUGUGCUGGAUGACAGCCGUGCUCAAAUGCAUGUCAAGGGGCGGUGCUACUGACGCAUCGGUGACAAUAUUUAUUUUUGAAAAUUUCUAGGUUUCGAAAGAUUUGUUUUCAAAAAGCUUAAACAAUUUUGAAAAUAUUUUUUAAGUAGAUAUAAUUUUAAAAAGGUAUUUAGAAAAGUUUGAAAAAUAUUAUUUUGUGACCUCAUUAUUGGUAAAAAGCCCAUUUUAAUGGUUUUAAUUUUUACCUAUUCAAAUUCAUUUACUCAGAAUCGAACGACCACUUUGUAUUUGGUAUCAACUGAAGGCUUUAUUUCACAGACUUUAGAUCAAAUAGCUUCCUGUCACUUAUGAAAGUCACCGAACACGUCAAUCAGCUUUUUAUCAUGGUCAAAACGGUGUUUUUUCUGACCUAAUUAUAUAGUUUGCUAGUCUGGCGCAUCAACCUUGAACUUUUACUAAAGUGCGCAUUUGGAUUGGUUUCGUGUUCGGAAAUUUGACAUGUGAUCGGUUAAUCUUUUUAUGAAAUUUUGUUGGACCGAGAAGUGUGCUCUGUAAGUAAACCCUUUUUCAAUUUGGUGUCACCCCUAAAAUGGAGUCACCCGGUGCGGUCUGCACCCUCAACCCUCGCUACGCCACUGGUUGGGGGAGCCACAACAUGAGGAACUGUUGAAAAUGUCAUGUCCAUACUAAGGUUGAGAACCACUGAUUUAAAGUGACACUUGCCCAUCGUUCAAUAAGUUUCUGAUAUAUGUGGGGGCAACUAAAAGUGAAUAAAAAUAAAACACAGGUAAAGGACGCCACAACAGCAACGACGUUAGUGUCGGCAGAAAGUCUUCAACGGCAAAAAAAAAAAUAAAAAAAAAAAAAUAAAAAAAAUAAAGAGAAUAAGGAAUAAAAAUAUAACAUUGAAAUUAUUCCUCAAAAUAAUAAAUACGAUAAACAGAGAUAUUGAAAAAAAGGCAUGGGACGAGUACGGAAAAAAUAAUUGCAUCAGCGGUAUGUGAAAAGUGUAAAAUGUUGAUUACAGCUUUUAGUCUUCAACAUGGUCAAACUUCCUUCCCAUAUUAUACUUAUUAUUUGUUUUUAAUUUUUAAAAGACGCAGAAAUUUCAAUAACGUUAAAGCCACAUGCUGACGAAAACUAACUAAAACCCAACCACUGCAAUAAAAUCAUGUUUUAUGAUUUCUGUUGAAUAUUGAUGUGUUGAAGUGACAGUACGCUCAAAGGCGCUAUUCAUGAUACCCGUGGGACUAAAGAGUUGUUCAAUCUUCUACGCAAUCAACCAGGGCUCAACGGAUCUGUGUGAUGGGAAGGGAUCUCAAAAUGGUUUACAGCAACUUCUGAGAGUGUGGAGAGUUAUGGGUGGGAACUAAAAUGUUCUCCAGGGGACAUUUUUAGUUUGGACUCUAACAAGUGAACUCUGAGAAGAGUUAAAUGUUGUUUUUUUUAAAAUAACGACAUGCCCCCCCCCCCCCCCCCCCCAAAAAAAAAGAAAAAAAAAGGAAAAACAAAACCUAACAAACAACAAUAAGCCCCAAAACCACCACUUGACCACAGAAACACCACUAAACCUAAUUGUUACCAUGUUUGUGCCAGGGUUCUCAAACUUUUUAAAAAGGGGAACGGUAAAGUGUGCCUCAGUCACGAUCAGGGCCGGUUCAGUGUCCUUCCGACAUCCUCGUAAGCCUGGCUCUAGGUUUGAAAGAUGUCAACGAAUUCCUUUGCAGAUAGACUUAUCUUAUUUGUAAUUAAAAUUAAUCUGUUCAAUCCCCGUUUACUUUAAAGUAUUUAAAUAAGAAGCAUGGGGUCUCCAUUAGGCUAGUGAUAUUAUCAACGUCCGCUCUCAUGUUGUGACUGCUACCUAGGUAACUUUACGGCGGCCAGCCGGGUCGGAUCUGAACCGCGGGCCGUAGUAUGAGGACCCCUGGUUUGCGCGAGUAAAAUAUGGGAACUUGUAAUAUUUUGGGAUAUCUAUGAUUUAUAAAUUUAGACUCCAAUUCAGCGUGGCUAGGUGAAGAGAUAUCAGAUUUGUAGAGAAAAGAUAAACAUUACAAAACUCAUUCUGUCUCCCUCCCAGAAUCACUUCCUCUGUUUCUCGACCUCUUUCACUUUCUCGGUUUCUCACCUUCUGUUUCUUCCCCCCCCCCCCCUUUUUUCCUUUCCCCCCUUUUUUUUUCUUCCCCCCCCCCCCCGUUUUAUUACCGUCAUGAAAAUGUUAAGUCUUACAAAGAUGUUGAUAUGAGCUUUUCUUACCAUACAAGAAGGUCACCAUCUUUAUGACGCGGUAAGAAGGAAGUGACGCUCAUCGGCCACCAUUAGCAACGCCCUGUGUUCUUCGUCUGGGCGUGUCAGAGAUGGACCGACGGGUAGAUCGGUGUCCGCCAUAUGCCUAUAGUGAACCGACGCCGGCCUGGUUCCACAGGUGAGUAGUUUCAAGGUUCUGUCCAGUUGCAGAUGUGUCUGUCUAAUUUCUCAUGUAACUCGAGUUCCACAGGUAGUCUAGUUUGUCAGGUGAGUUUGCCGUCUCAGGCAGAGGUGCAGCGAGAGUGUUUGGCGCCCGGGGACAAGAUUUGCGCCCGGGGACAAGAUCCAUUUUAAAUCGCCCCGUUUUCUUUUUUCAACUCUCAAACCCAUUAUUUUAAUCGUUAAAAUAAUAACAAAGCACAUUUUGGCGCCCCUAACUAGCUGGCGCCCAGGGACAUCGGUCCCCCCUGCCCCCCACCCCCUUGGCUACGCCUCUGAUCUCAGGUGAGUCUUGUUUUACAGGUAGAUCUAAAUGCUCAAAUGAGUCUAGCUUCUCGGGUGAGUUUUCUUCUACAGGUUAGUCUAUUUUCUCAGUAAAGUCUAGUUUCACUGGUGAUUCUAGUUUCACAAUUUCGUUAACGAAUCUACUUUCUUAGGUUACCGGAAAUUUGAUCAAAAUAAAUUUCGUCGGCGGUAAAUUGAUCGACGGUAAUUCGAUCGACCGGAAAUUUGGUCGAAUCUUUUUUUCCAGUUCACACGUUAACAUUUUCGUCAAAUUUCUUUUUGAACGCACUAUACUAUAUAUUAAAACAAAAUAAUGCGUUCAAAAAGACAUUUAAAGCAAAAUUUAAACGUAAUAACGGAAAAAAAAGAUUCGACCAUAUUUCCGUUCGAUCAAAUUACCGUCGAUCAAUUUACCGUCGACGAAAUUUCUUUCGAUCAAAUUUCCGGAUACGAUUUUCUUAGAUAUGUCUAUAAUUAUUCAGGUGGGUCAGAUAGGUCUAGUUUGCCAGAAUAUAUUCUGGCAAACAAAGUCUUGUUUCAUAGGCGAAUCUAGUUUCUCAAGUAAGCCUAGUGUUACAAGUAAUUCAAGUUUCAUAGAAGAGUCUAGUUUCACUAAGAAGUCUUGUUUAACAGUUUAGUCUUUAGACGGGUUUGUUUCGUUUCUCAGGUGAGUCUCGUUUCAACCGUUUCCUUAACCGGUUUACUGUCAGAUAAGUCUAAUUAUGGGGUUGUGUCGGAUCCACCUCGCUUCACUUAGUAGGUUCUUGGGAAAAGUUUUACUUUUGAGUGUAAAUCAACUUAUAAACAUUUUAUUUCAAGUAGCGACUGGUGUGGCCCGACAAGCGGUGUAUAACUAUAGAAAGCCAAGGGGAAGUAAGCCAAAAUAUCCCUUGACCCAUGUUGAAUCAACCUUAUACAACUAGGGUUCAUUGUUGUCCCCCCACUGUCAUCAUUGUUCCAUCCAUAAAGCUUUUAUCCACAUGCAUGUACAGCCAGGGGCGUGUCAAAGAUUGCAAGCUUUUUACGAGGUCCGAACCUUUACGAAAAAUAUCUCCAGUUGCCGCCCCUCAAUAGUGUAGAGAACCGUGGCUCGUUCUACCCUCGUUCUCUGUUCCACCCUCGUUCUCUGCUCUACCCUCGUUCUCUGCUCUACCCUCCCUCGUUCUCUGCUCUACCCUCGUUCUCUGCUCUACCCUCGUUCUCUGCUCUACCCUCGUUCUCUGCUCUACCCUCGUUCUCUGCUCUACCCUCGUUCUCGGUUCUACCCUCGUUCUCUGCUUCUCUGCUCUACCCUCACUCGUUCUCUGCUCUACCCUCGUUCUCUGCUCUACCCUCGUUCUCUGCUCUACCCUCGUUCUCUGCUCUACCCUCGUUCUCUGCUCUACCCUCGUUCUCGGUUCUACCCUCGUUCUCUGCUCUACCCUCGUUCUCUGCUCUACCUUCGUUCUCUGCUCUACCCUCGUUCUCUGCUCUACCCUCGUUCUCUGCUCUACCCUCGUUCUCUGUUCUACCCUCGUUCUCUAACUACUUUAUCUGGAUGAUAACCUCGUCUACUCUGUCUCUCGUACUGCAACCAUCAGGUAACAACACGUUGAUGGUUAGACUUUCACUUGAAUCAUCUCCCGUACUGUUCACACUCAAGACUCUGAGCUCUGUUCUGACUGUCCCGGUUCUUCUCAGAUGCUCUAACGGACUUAAUGAGUCAGCUGACUCUAGCUCAUUGCACGUCUAGUCCUCGUUUGUCUGGCCAACCUGACAGCUUCGACUUCCUCCUAACUCGUUUAGACCCAGUUUUGCCAACCCUUCACCUGAAGACUCCCAAAUACACUGUCGCAUAAUGUAAUGAGAUAGUUUUAAUGUAAUUGUUAAAAAUUGAAUAUUUACCAAUCUCCACUCGACCAAAUGAAAUGGUCACCGUGAUAAAACUUUUUUUUAUUUUGAAUUUGAAUGCCACAGGCAUACGAUAUUUCCCUUAUCCGGAAAUUUGAUCGAAAGAAAUUUUGGUCGACGACGGUAAAUUGAUCUACGGUAAUUUGAUCGAACAGAAAUUUGGUCGAAUCAUUUUUUGCAGGUUUUACGUAAAAACUUUGCUUAAAAUUUCUUUUUGAACGCAUUAUUUUGUUUUACUACAUAGUAAGAGUGCGUUCAAAAAGAAAUUUGACGAGAAUUUUAACGUGUGAACUGAAAAAAAGAUUCUACCAAAUUUCCUUUCGAUCAAAUUACCGUCGAUCAAUUUACCGUCGACAAAAUUUCUUUUCGAUCAAAUUUCCGGUAACCGAUAUUUCCAUUUCUACUCUCUCCUACUUGUAUCCACGGCCUGGGACCGUGGUCCCGAGGAGGGAUAUUUCUAUUACUAGUUCUAUUUUCUUCUACGUCAUUUAGUUACGGUCUGUACUUGGAUGGGGUCUUGAGAAGGAGAUACUUCUAUUACUAAUCUCUUCUACUUGUAGCUACGGUCUGGACUAUGACGGGGCCCUGAGGAGGGGAGAUGUGCUCCAGUCUCGCUUUCACCAAAUUAUGAGAGACCGCCUGCCCACCUUGCCUCAACUCUGGGAGAUUAAAAAUGCGGUGUGUUUUAGAAUCAUUUAAUUUCUCCAUUUCAGUAUCCAAAACUUUUUUUUUAUCACACGCAGAGAGAGAGAGAGAGAGAGAGAGAGAGAGAGAGAGAGAGAGAGAGAGAGAGAGAGAGAGAGAGAGAGAGAGAAAUAUAACCUUAUUCCUAAAUGCAUUUCCAAUUUUAAAGAUCUGAGAUCUAUUCAACACAUCUUUAAGGUAGCUGGACAGUAAUACAUUUUCAUUAAAUAUUAAAUGUGUCAUAAUGUUUAAAAAAUGUUGAAGGCUGGAGAUUUAUUGCUAGGAAAAACUUUUGUCGUUCAUAAUUUAAGGGAUUCAAUCAUUGAUAAAGGUCAAAGGUUGUAUGCCCAAAUGACCACUUGAACUUGAUAACACACAUACACACACUACUGACAGAUAAAUGAUAAAUGAUACAUUUAAUUACUUUGAACGUUUAGUCUUAGUCUUAGCAAGUAGGGAUCAUGUCUGAUGGUAAUAGAUUCGCAAAGUAGAAGCGCAAUCACGGGACGAAGGCUGAAAAAUCAAAUUUAUUAAAUUUGGAGCUAUUAGUGAUAUUGAUUGAUUUAAUUUAAUGUAAAUAUUGAUCUUGUCUUAGUAUUCGUGAUCUUUCCCCACACUGUUCAUAAUUUUCAGAGGGAAAAGAUUACACCACCGCCAACGAUCGCUCGGGUUGUCAUGGAUAUGGAAGACGCCACUCACCACUGCGGGGCGUGGCCAACGCAGAAAGAAAGCCAAAGCAUUGGCUGGUUUGCUGACCCCCUGAGGUUACCGCGGUGCACUCGUCGCUCUUGGCCUCAAAACUACAGUUUUGUCUAAUCAAAGAAAAGAAGAAAAUCUUAAGAAAUAAAUGUCACAACAUGCGGCCAUUGUGCGGGGAAUCAUCUGUCACUUUGUCAUUUACUAUCUUUUAUAGACACAACAAAAAAAGGAAAGAUGGAGUUGGCCUAAUUGUUGGUGAGAUAAAUAUUUCUUGACAAGAAUGGUAUUGGUAUACGGCAUACGGGAUAAUACACUUAGAUGGGAGGAUAUGAAAAUGAAAGAAAAGAAUAUGAAGCUCCAGUUAGUUAUUGAAAAAUGGAUCAGUUGUAGAUGUAGUGUAGGCCUACUGCUGUAGUCACAUUAGACCAAAAACAACACCAACAACAAAUUCUUUUGUAUGAAUGAAUGAAAAAAGGGGGACCAUCCAUAAACAAUAACGUCUUGCAACUUUCAAAACAAAGCAGGGGUCGAUGUGGUGGGACCACAUACAAUACAUGGGAACAAUGUGAGACGAGUUGGUG